AUGGCAGAGUUUGCAAAGGAGAAUUUGUUCGACAAUGUUAAGCAACUGGAUAAUAACACCUACCGAGUUUGCUUCAAAGCUCCACCCAGGAUUGUUUCAGAUGGCAUUUGGGGUGGCCAAAAAAAUGGCAGGAAACCGAUGAAAUCCUUUCUGCCAUUGUUUGAGUUGCAAGUGCUUAUAAUUUUUGUCGUCACACAAAUCUGCCACUUUUUUUUCAAGCGAUUGCGACUCCCUUUUCUUGUUUCCCAAAUCAUGGCUGGCAUUAUUAUAGGAAUUUCAAUUCAAGAAGAACCAACACGUGAUUUGAUGGCGAAGUUGUUUCCAUUUGGAAGUCACGACGUUAUUUCUACAAUAUCAUCAAUUGGUUUUGUUCUUUUCAUCUUCAUAAACGGAGUUGAAAUGGAUUUCUCCAUGAUAACAAGGACAGGGAAAAAGGCAUGGACACUGGCCACAAUUGGAUUAGUACUACCAACAAUGAUUGGUUACCCACUUCUACAAUACAUCCUCACUAAAAAACCAGAUCUUAAUUCAAUGAGAACAGAUCUCAUGGUUUCAUCCGCAUUGCACAAUCUGGUUUCAUUUGCAGUCAUUUACAAAACCCUCAACGGGCUCCAAAUGCAAAACUCGGAACUCGGAAGAUUGGCAUUGUCCACAGCAUUGUCAAGUGACAUACUAAGCACCACCAUGGCAUGCGUCAUCAAGGCUGCAAUGGCAAAUGGGACAAAGGCUAAAAUGUUAAACUCGUUCUAUUUGAUCGCCUUUGUUACCCUUAUUCCAUUGGUUUUUCGACCAAUAAUGUUUUGGGUCAUAAAAAACACACCAGAAGGAAGGCCAGUGAGCAAUGGUGUUGUUUACCUCAUCAUCUUAAUGGUGUUUGGUUUGGGAUGGAUUUCCAUCAAUAUAAAUCAAGAUUUUCUACUUGGAGCUUUCAUAUUAGGCUUAGCUGUGCCCGAAGGGCCUCCUUUAGGAUCAACAUUGGUCAAGAAGCUUCGAUUUUUUGGCAACUGGUUCUUUCUGCCAAUCUUUGUGGCCACGUGCACUAUGAAGGCUAAUUUUUCAUUUAAUCACCGACCAAAUGUGGUUAUAGCUACAUCUCUUGUGGCACUACUAACCCACGUUGUGAAAACACUCGCAAUCUUUUUACCUGCCUUGUGGUGCAAACUUCCAGUGAGCGAUGCUUUGUCUCUUGCCCUUAUUUUGAAUAGCAAAGGAGAAAUGGAAGUUGGAUUGUCCAGCUCCCAGUUUGAUAAUAAGAUGAUUGGUGGGCACACAUAUGGAACAAUGAUGAUAAGCAUAAUGGUGACAGCAAGCAUUGUUCAAUGGUCUGUAAAGUCUCUGUAUGAUCCUUCAAGAAAAUAUGCUGGCUACCAAAAAAGAAACCUGAUGGACAUGAAACCCGAUUCUGAAUUGAGAAUACUCACCUGCAUUCACAAAAAGAGCCACAUAGUACCCAUAACCAACGUCAUUGACCUCUUUUUUCCAUCACUAGAAAACCCAAUGACGGUUGAUGUCUUGCAUCUAAUAGAGCUCGUUGGUCGCUCCUUACCCGUCUUUGUCUCCCACCGUCACCAAAGGGUUAAAUCAAGCCACAAGGCAUACUCAGAUGACGUCAUCAUCGCUUUCGAUGUUUACGAGCAUGACAAUGCAGGUGCCGUCAUAGUCAACACUUAUACUUCAAUAUCCCUACCAACCCUCAUGCAUGAAGACGUUUGCAACCUCGCGUUGGACAAAGUGGCAUCCAUGGUGAUCCUUCCGUUUCAUCAAAGAUGGUCCAUUGAUGGCGCAAUCGAAUGCGAUGACAAGAACAUGAGGGCCUUAAAUAAAAAGGUCCUAGACAUUGCUCCAUGCACAGUUGGAAUCCUAGUCAGCAGAGGUCAACACUCCAUAAAAGAGUCACAUACUCGAUUGGCGGUUAUUUAUUUGGGUGGAACAGAUGAUGGAGAAGCCUUGUGCAUAGCAAGACGAGCAAUCAAGAACCCGAGGGUGCGCUUAGUUGUGUACAGACUUGUCCACAAACACUAUACGCCGCACUGUAACGACGACUUGGAAGAUUUUAUGGUCACGUGCAAUGCCAUUGGAAACGUGUGCUGUACGGAUGUUACAGUAGAGGAAGGAUCCAAGACAGCAUGUUUCUUGCGUGACAUAGUGAAUGAGCAUGACUUGUUCAUAGUUGGUAGAAGGCACGAGCUUGAGUUGCCUCAAUUAGAGGGACUUACAAGUUGGAGUGAAUUUCUAGAGUUAGGUGUCAUCGGUGAUUUUCUUGCCUCACCAGAUUUCGGUAGCCGUGCAUCUAUUUUAGUCGUGCAACAACAAGUCUCCAAGACCUAA